AUUCGGACACCUUACAAGGUUCGUUAUGGAAAGGAUCUCGAAAACGAGCUAAGGAGAGAGUUAUCGGGCGAUCUGGAAGACGUCAUACUGGCUCUGAUGCAGACUCCAACAAAACGAGACGUACUGGACCUUCAGAAAGCCAUGAAGGGUUUUGGUACAAAUGAGAAAGUGCUGAUCGAAAUAAUUGCUUCACGUUCCAACGACGAACUUCGUGCUAUAAGGUUCGUGAAACUUCUAGAAAAGAUUGCUGAAUAUGCUUUUGGUCAAAGGUUUUCCUAG